AUCGCGGGCUGAACAGUCUCAAACGUAACCGUGCGGUGGGCGAACGCGUAUUGCGUCUUUGUAUAAAAAACUAAAAUAAUUUCGUGAGAAUGUGUAACGUAUGUACGAAGGAGGUCGUGGCGCCGGCGCCCGCUCCAGCGAAGCCUAACAAGGUUUUGGAGAGAUUGAAGAAGAAGCACAACAUCAUCACCGACCCCACCGAUGCAGAGAAGCAGAAAUCCGUGGAGUACCAGCCCGACCUUCUGGCGCUAUCGACUCAGUACUCCAAGAUAGCCUACGAUGUUUUCAAGCAGAGCCUGGUGCGUCUACAGGAGACGAAAGCCUACGCAAUCGCGACAAAAACGACUCAACCCUUCCACGUGGCGCUAGCAGUGCUGGUGAUCAUUGCCUGGUUGACACGCGCUGGUUCCAGCGCCCAUGUCCGUGGCUGGCGUGCGCUGUACGUGGGCGCUGUGGCCACUCACCUCGGAGCGCAGAUAUGGAUGACCUUGAUUUCUGGCAUCGUGCUAUACUUCUCCCUCCCUCGCCACGAGUUCGGCCGCGUGCAGACCGUGCUGUUCCCGGUGUACUACGCGUUCAACUCUCUAGUGAGCCUCCUGGCUGUGCUCGCGUACUUCCGAACGCAAUGCCUCACGCAGUUCGUCAAUACAUCCUGGAUACAACUAACCCUGCUGCUAGUCGUAUUCAGCAUUGAGGCGUACGUGCGCCUGGUGCUGGUGAGGCCGAUGCUGCGCGCCAAGCAUGUCAAGACGCAGAUGGAGGAGGCAGCGGGAGGCGGCCAGGAAGUUGGUCGCCUCAUCCUCGGCGAAUUGGCACAUUGUCCCCGCUACCUGCGUGUCCUGAAGACCUUCCGCACAUACCACUCCUGCAUCGCCAUGGGCACCAUGAUCACCCUCGGCUGCUCCUUCUACUCCACCAUGAUCAUAGUCGACUCGAUGUGCCAUUAGAACAACUUCUAAAUCUAGAGGUGUUUCAAAAUCGCAGCUAUUUCUAGCACAAUACCUACAUUCUGACUCGUGUUUAGAGAUAUUUUUGGGGCCAAAUUAAAAUCGGAGAUUUGUGUGUAACUUUUUGCGUAAUUUUUUUGCUUAUUGGGUUCUGCUACUUUGUUAUCUGUGUGACGAUGGAAAAUUAAUUGUCAAAUGUUCCGUCAGGAGCACCAUAAAUUUUUCCAAACGUCCAUCACCCUAAUAAGUAAGUAUUUGUCGCUAACUUUAGUGAUGAGUUUUUGCCGAAAAAGUCAAAAGUAUACCUACGCCCAAUUUUGACAUUUACAUUUACAAUUUUUAGUUACGAACAUAGGUUUUGUUGAUAUUUAAUACAAUUAACUAUUCUGUGGUCUUAACUAAAAAUGUCUCUACGCGAGUCAUGGGGCAAGCGCCACCAUUACUCAAGACGGUCUCGAAUUAGUUUAAUAGCUAUUGAAUAAUUUAGUGAAUAUCAAAUAGUUUAUAAUAUAAUCGUUGAAAUAAAACAAAUCGACUUUUUUUGACUAUUUUCAAAACAUAACGUUAAUUCUGAUGUACAAUUUAAAAGUAAACUAAAAGCAUGACUUAAAAUUUACGAAAAAUGAAUUUUAGUUUAGUUGUUCUCAGUAUUGCUUAUAUAUUCUUUGUGUAUAAAAUUUUGUAUGUUUAAAAAGGAAAAAUUACUUGUGCCGUGGACUUUAAAAUAGUAAUUUAUUAACUAAAUCAAGUAUUUUUAAAUAUAUGCUCAUAUUUCCUAUAACGAUUCAGUCUUGAAUAAUUUACGGACGCUCGCCCUUACUUCGAUUGCAUUGAAUUCUAGAAACUUUUCACAACUUUUAUUCAAUUGAAAACUUUGAUAAUAUGCUUGCCUUAUUAAGUUGUACAGUAUUGUUUAUAAUACAGACGUUUCUUAUUUACAUUAGUUUUAUUGUUAACUCGCCAUUUUUUUCUAUUUUCCAAACUCAAUCAGAGAAUAACAAUUGCAUUAAACACUUAGCUUUUAAUAAUAAUUGUCAGUUGAUGAUAUUUAUAGCGACACUUACUAUCGCAAACAUCGUUAGCUUCUUGAUUAAGAUCGCAAGUUCUGUAUGCAAUAAAUAACUCUCUUAUUUGAGAACAUUGGUUGCAUUUUGUUAUGCAGUUAUCAACUUACUAAAAUACACACCAGGCUGUGAAGUCUGUUUCAUAGAUUUUUUAUUUAUUUAUAGUUUAUUAGCCAAUCGAAUGAAUUUGAUGAAUAAAAUGCGAGGCGCUGGUCGCACGAAAUGUGUUCUUGAGUGUCAAUGGUGAGGAUUGUUCCAAAUUGUAAUAUUGUAUUAUUAAUUAAAUUUAUUAAUUUUAUUUAGUUAAUAUUUGAAAAUUAUAAGUUACAGAUCUGGACUGGAUUUGACAUUGGUGUUAUUUCGCUUGAAGAACGCUCAAACUAAACUAAAAGAAAUUAUUUUCAUAAUCAAGCAGUUCAUUAAAGCCUUUUAUUAUUGCAGUCGACAACACUGAAAACUAAAAAUCAAGUAAACUACCGCAUACUAAUUUAUUCUACUUAGUUUUAGUUUUUGCGUCAACCGAAUUAACAUCAUUGUUAGCACAAAAUAGACAUAAGAAAUGUUUAAUUAGGUAGCCUUAAUAUGCAAGUAAUUUUAAUUCAAACUGAUUAUUAUAAUAUUAUGAUAAUCAUUAUAAGCACUUGUUAAUA